GACGCGACUCCUAGCUACUCUGUCGAAAUGUCGUGCCGGCUCCGCAUUUGAGCGCAUCAUGCACGUCGAUCGAGCCUGUGAUGACCGUUCUGGAUAUUCAUUCUCGACAUCCGUUGUCGAGCCUUAUAUCGCGCACGACCAGCGCUGCUUGUGCUCCGGAUGAGAUUGAACCCCACACGGGGUGGUAGACGCGCGCCAUGGCCGACUCAGUAGACCGAGUCUUCAGCCAUGCGCUCAACACGGUAAACAAGAUCCGCACGGGGUCGCAGAAACCCCCCUCGGCAACGCGGCUACGGCUAUAUGGACUCUACAAGCAGGCCAUGGGUGCGCAGUGCCUUGUGGGAGAAACAACACCCGGCUGAUGUGAACAGAGGGCCAUGUCGACGGCAUCAUGGACCGACCCGAGGGCGACAGCGAGCAGGACCAGAGGGCGCGAGAGAAAUGGGACGCCUGGAAACAGCAAAGCAACCUCUCCCGCACCGAAGCAAAGCGCCGCUACAUCACCACGCUGAUCGCCACAAUGCACCAGUACGCCUCCCCCUCGCCCGACUCGCGCGAGCUCGUCGCCGAACUCGAGUUCGUCUGGGACCAGGUCAAGUCCAACGUGCCGUCGUCGUCGUCGUCGUCGCCGCUGCAGACGCUCGACCACGCCCCGCGCAUGGCCGCCUCCUACUCGGCCCUCGAGCGGCAGCGCACCAGAGACGGGGAUGUGGACGCAGAUUCCCCACACGCCGCCGCCGCCGCCGCCGCCGACGACGACGACGACGACGACCAGCCCCUCCAGAUCAAGAGCCCCAUGUCGCAGAGCGAAGAAGCGCUCGAAGCCGAGGAAGCCGACAUGGAGCGGGAAGACGAAGAGUUUGUCGACGCGCCAGACUCGCAGUACGCACUAGCCCUCUACCGCCAGGGCGCAAUGGACCACAACCUCAGCGAAGCCAACGCCCAGCCGCCCUCACGCCCACCCCAACGCCGCCCAGCACGCCCCUCCAACCCCGGCACCCCAACGCCGCGCCCGCGCAUGCGCACCAUUAUCCCCCAGCCCAUCCCGCUCCCCUCCUCCCUCAUCUCCACCAAGAACACCACGCCAGAUUCCUCCGCAGACGCAAAGUGGCGCCUCCGCGUCGAAGCCAGCCUGAUGAAACUCACAGCCGAAAUCGCCGCGCUGCGCGAACAGCUCGAAGCCCGCCGGUUGUUCACGCACAAACCGCACUACCGGGCGUUGCGCGCGCUGUGGCGGUUUGUGUGUGCGGGCGCCCGGCAUGUGGUUGUCGAUGUGCUGGUGCUGCUCUGUGUGUUGGCUUUUCUGCGGCGGAGGGGGGACACGCGGUUUGAGGGUGCUGUUAGAGUGCUUGCUGGCGGCGCGGUGGCGCGGGUUAAGGGCGGGAUUAAAGUCCCCGAGUUGCUGAGGGUGCCGGUGCCGAAGCUGGGGAGGAAGAGCGGGUGAGGUGACUGUGUAGAAUUGGUAUGUAGUCUGCUAAUGUUUGAUAUGCAUUUAGCGCGCUAAGAUACGUGUAUUUGCUGCGGUGCUGCGAGUGACUUGUGUAGUUACAUCCAAUAGUCGGCACCGCUGGUUGUGGGGAUUGAAUACCGAGAUACAUGUGCUGGGUGCUGGUUUUGUGAAUAUAGGUAGCUGGGUGUAUAUAGGACUUCUUCUAGUUAGUAUGCAAU